AUGUCGAACACCUCUCCUGUCCUUGCUGGCCCGCCCGGAGACUGCUGUGUUCAAGGUGUAAAGCACUUUGGCGAUGCUGUUGGAAAGACUAUCAAAAUCGCAGAUAUAGACACAUAUGUAUCUGAACCUCCAGAGGGUACUACAGGUCCCAAGAAAGUCGUUCUCUUCUUUGCCGACGUCUAUGGGCCGUUUUACAUCAACGCCAAACUGCUCCAAGAUUACUUUGCGUCCAACGGUUUCUACGUGCUUGGAAUUGAUUACUUCUUUGGAGAUCCCAUUUCCCUACACACCGAUGAGCCUAACUGGGACAGAAAUGCCUGGUUUGCCAAGUCCAGAAAAGCUGCCAACGAGGAAACGCCAAAAUGGAUCAAAGCUGUUCGUGAGAUCUAUGGAUCUGACGCAAAGUAUACUGCCGUUGGAUACUGCUUCGGUGGUCCAUUCGCCCUUGAGCUUGCGAAUACCGAUGACGUUGUAGCAUCUGCGUUUGCUCACCCAGCUUUCUUGAACGAAGACCAUUUCAGGAACAUCAAGAAGCCUCUGUUGCUCUCCUGCGCAGAGGUCGACCAGACAUUCCCCUCCGAAUCGCGUCGCCGCGCAGAGGACAUUUUGGCUGAGGUCAAGGCUACCUACCACGUCCAAGUCUUCUCGGGUGUGUCCCAUGGAUUCGCCACGCGUGGUGACCCAGAGGUCGAACAGUCGCGUUGGGCCAAAGAGGAAUCCGCUCGUAGUAUUAUCAAUUGGUUCAAGAGGUUCAGUGGAAGUUCGUGA